ACUCGCAAUUGGAUGGGAAAAAAUUCCCAACUGUCAAGCAAUAUGGUGAAAAUACCAGAUUUUGUCAAUGACAAGCAAGAAAUUUCUUCAGCAGAGAAUGGCGCGAAGAUAUUAUUCGCCACGGACGACUUUUUCGCCGUCGCUGAAAAUUUGCUGAAGCCGGAGGAGCCCUACUGGAACGAGGAGUACACGGAAUUCGGGAAAUGGAUGGACGGCUGGGAGACUCGGAGAAAGCGGAUUCCCGGUCACGAUUGGGUGAUCAUUGCCCUCGCUGGUCAAAACAGACUCGACGGCGUGUGCGUUGACACGGCCUUCUUUACCGGCAAUCACGCGCCGCGCUUCUCGCUCCAAGCCGCUUGUAUGUCGGAAGGCGUAGGCGGCAUUCAGAGUCGCAAGGAUAAAAUGGGAACAGCUGCUAAUAAUCGAGAUCUGGAAAAUGCCGAGAAACUGCAUUCCGAGAGCUGGGAGACGCUGAUACCAAUGACAGCGCUGAAAAGCGGCAGCCCGGAAACCCGCAAGAACUUCUUCGAGCUGAGCAGCGGCGAGCGUGUCUACACUCACCUGCGCUUCAACAUCUUCCCCGACGGCGGCGUGGCUCGUCUUCGCGUUUACGGCCGACCUACCGUGGAAUCGGCUCGGCUCGGCUCGUCGGAGCCGAUUCGGGGCAAGUGCGUCGAGUACAGCGACGCCCAUUACGGACAUCCGGACGCCCUCUUACAUCCGUGGCCGUCGCGAGGAAUGAACGACGCUUGGGAGACUGCCAGGCGACUCGACAGGCCGCCCACGAUCGACGUCGACGAUCGUGGAUUCACGUUGCAAAAGGGAGAGGAGUGGGCAAUUUUGCAACUGGAAAAGUCCAUCUACGUCGAACGCAUUCAAGUUGACACGACGCAUUUCAAAGGCAACUGUCCGGACAGCGUGAAAAUCGAGGCAGCGUACGUCGAACCUGACGAGGAUCACAGAAACGCAACUUGGGAGACGGUCUUGAACCGAACGAAGUUGACGCCGAACCAAAGUAACGGACUGAAACAUCCACUGAUGGAAGCGACGACGCGAGCCGUCAACCACAUUAAAGUAACGAUAGCGCCGGACGGAGGCCUCGCGAGAAUACGGAUUUACGGCAGCGACGCCUGAGGAAGCGUUACAUGACUGGCGUUGCGCUUCUUGUCGUUCGUUCGUCGACCGCGAAUCCACGCGAAUUUCCGCGUGCCCCAUUGCUCGACGGUUCGAGGCACGCCAACGCUCGACACCGUCGGCAUGAAUGGCGAAUGUCGACGUUGCGGCUGACUCGACGCGGGACGAAAAGGGCACCACCAGCGAACGAAAGCAAUUGCCGCGUGCCACGAGGGCGAUGGAGUAAUCGCGUCGACUGCGUCGACGGAAAGCGCAAGGACAUUUUGUAAGAAACGCGCGCGUUCUCCGCCACAGAGUCUCCUCGAUGUUGCACCGACGUCCACGUGCGCAUCUCGUAAUUGCCGAUGCGUUUGCGAAAUGAUCGCGGCUACUCGUUCAAUUUCAAUGUAACCGCUCCAAACACACUUUUGUAAUAAACGAAAUACGCCGAGAAAUCCACGCACGACACAACGUUCCUCGUCGCA